GGGGGUAGUGGCUACUCGCAUCCAGGAAGGCCUUCCUCCGGGCGGUCUCCUUACCCACGCUGUGGUUCAGCCGUCUCAGGCGUUCCUGGGCAUUCUGCAGGAUGUUUUUUUGGGGUGUGUGUGUGUGGAGGAUUUAUUUUAAACGCUGGUCACUCCAGUCUGGAAUCAGAGUUUCCAAAGAAAACUCUGUUUAUGGGUGAAGCGCUUCGGAAGAAGUCUGCCAAGUGGGGGAGGAGACCAGGCUGUGGAAACAGAAACCGAAUACUUCAAGCAACCUUCCCUUCCCCACCUCCCGAUCCAGGCCCUAUAAAACAUCUGCCCACACCUUCCCACCUGGAGGUCUUCAUUGCAAGGGACCAAGGUCGGGCCUGCCUCACCCCGCCCCCGAUCCGAUCUGCCAUGGCCAGCAGCGACCUGACCGAGCUGGAAAAAGCCAUCGAGAAAGUCGUGGACGUCUUUUUCCAGUGUGCUUCCCGCGAAGGCAACAAGGACACCCUCAGCACCAGCGAGUUUAAAGAGCUGGUCACCCUCCAGCUGCCCAACCUUAUGAAGAACGUCGGGAACCUGGAGGAGAAAAUGAAAAGCUUGGAUGUCAACAACGACCAGGAGCUGAAGUUUGGAGAGUACUGGCGGCUGAUUGGCGAGCUGGCCAAGGGGAUCAAGAGAGAGAAAGUGGGGAAGAAGAAGUGAUGGGGUGGGGGGAUUGGUGCAUCAAGGAGGAACGAAGACGGGACCACGAAACACACACACACACACACCUCGGUCGCGUGUCAGAUGGGGGGGGGGGGGGAAGACGUCAGGACAUCGAGGGUCACUGGCUUCUCGCAGCUUUCUAAAAUUCAAAUAAAUCAAAUAAACCCCAGACUUGGUGGCUUUCAAUGUUUGAUGGCCAG